AUGGUGACCGCUCCGGCCGAGAGCUCGAGGGCGUGGGCGCGGGGCCCCUGGGGCCGCGCGGAGGGCGGCGGCGGCGGCGUGGAGCCCCAGCUUCCAGGGGCGGUCGGCCACGCGGCGGGCGAAGAGGGCUCGCCGCAGCCGCUCCACAGUCCCGGCCGCGCCGAGGGCGCGCAGCCAGAGAUACAGCGCGACAGAACUGAACGCCGCAGUAUUAUUUCGCCGACGAUGACGAUGACGAUGACGAGACCCCCAAGCCUGACGCGUCAGAGACCUUGA